CAGACCCCCGCACCCGGCCGCAGGGCGCAAGGCGGCGCGGGUGCCGCACAGUCUCCCGCACGAGUGAAGGGGCAGUGGCGGCAGGGGUAGGUCCGGCCGCGCGGACCGAGCUCCUGGCUCGGGCAGGUCACCAGCACAGGGCUGCAACCAUGAGCCUGGUGGCCUGCGAGUGCCCUCCGGGACCUGGCCUGGAGCCUGAGCCUUGCUCUCGAGCUCGGUCUCAGGCCCGCGUGUACCUGGAGCAGAUUCGCAACCUGGUGGCUCCUGGGGCCCCUGACAUGACCAAACGUGACUACCUGGUGGAUGCCGCCACGCAGAUCCGGCUGGCCUUGGAACGUGAUGUCAGUGAGGACUAUGAGGCCGCCUUCAACCACUACCAGAAUGGCGUGGACGUGCUGCUGCGCGGCGUGCAUGUUGACCCCAACAAGGAGCGAUGUGAGGCUGUGAAGCUGAAAAUUACCAAGUACCUACGGCGGGCCGAGGAGAUCUUCACCUGCCACCUGCAGAAGACCCUGGGUGGGGGAGCCAGCCCUGGCACGGGCUUCAGCACGCUGAGGCUCCGGCCCAUCCGCACACUGAGCUCUGCCCUGGAGCAGCUGAGGGGCUGCAGGGUGGUCGGGGUCAUCGAGAAGGUGCAGCUGGUCCAGGACCCAGUGACCGGAGGGACCUUCGUGGUAAAGAGCCUGUCCAGGUGUCCUGUGGCGAACCGGGAGCGACUGACCAUCAUCCCGCACGGUGUCCCCUACAUGACCAAGCUGCUCCGCUACUUCAUGAGUGAGGACUCCAUCUUCCUGCAGCUGGAGCACGUGCCAGGAGGCACUCUCUGGUCGCACCUGCUCUCCCAGGAGCAGCCCCAACAGUCUGGGGGCAGAUCUGGCUCCAGCCCAGAGAGGAUGAAGGCUCCACUCACCCCACCCCUCGGCCUCCAGACCCCCGCACUGCUUCCCCGGGAACCCACCUGCCUGCAGGACAGAAUCCUUCUGGAGCCUCCACGGACUUCCCGGAGACUUCCCCCAGCCAGGGAGGCCCCGCCCGUCAUGCCCCAGAGCGAGGCUGAAGGCGACCCCUCUGCCAGGACCCAUACUUCCCGCCCCUCGGACUUUCCGAAGGCCCCAAGUGGCCGCCUGCACCUCCAAGCCAGGCGGCGACCUGGCCAGAGCUCGGACGUGAGGCCCUCUUGGGGGCUCCCUUGGGUUCAUCAGGGGGCCGUCCGGGUGCUGGGGGCCUGUGGCCGAGGCAGGAGUCCGAGCCGCCCCUUAGCGGCUGGGGCCCGCCCAGGGUCAGGCUGGGGCGCCUGGAGAGUGAAGGAGGAGCAGGUGAAGCAGUGGGCGGCGGAGACCCUGCUGGCCCUGGAGGCGCUGCACCAGCAGGGGGUGCUGUGCCGAGACCUCAACCCCCGGAACCUGCUCUUGGACCAGGCAGGUCACAUCCGGCUCACGUAUUUUGGCCAGUGGUCCGAGGUGGAGCCCCACUACUGCAGGGAGGCCGUGGACAAUCUCUACAGCGCCCCAGAGGUGGGGGGCAUUUCUGAGCUGACGGAAGCCUGUGACUGGUGGAGCUUCGGGUCUCUGCUCUAUGAAAUGCUGACGGGAACCGCCCUGUCGCAGAGCCACCCCUCAGGAAUCCAGCCCCACACACAGCUCCAGCUGCCUGAAUGGCUCAGCCGCCCCGCGGCCUCCCUCCUGACCGAGCUGCUGCAGUUCGAUCCUGCCCGACGCCUGGGUGCCGGAGGUGGCGGUGUAGACAAGCUCAAGGCGCACCCCUUUUUCAGCAGUACCCAGUGGAGCAAACUGGGGGGGCAUUUGUCCUAUUUACCAUUUUGCAUUUUCGUCUUGGGGGUCCAUUCAAUUCAUCGUCCACUGUGACUUCACAAAACACAUGGAAUGAUUGCCUAAGCUUUUAGCCAGAACCAAAAAUGUUUCUGGUCCCUGAGGAACCGGGGUAAGUAGUUACCUCAAAGAAAGUCCCCUCCCAGGUGUGGGGGCCCUCUGAUUCCCCUGGGGGCUCACCCUGUCACGGGGGUGUGGCACCUAAGAAGGAUAUUUCACCAGACCUCUGCCCCCAACCUCUUCCUUCCAGUGUCUCACCACCACCACCAGGGGGCGCCAGACACUUCAUCAGUCUGGCUGUGAAGGCCCAACUCUAACUAGGGGAAGGGACGACUCCUGCAAAGGGCAGGCUGGGGGAAACAGACUGUGUGCGUGUGCUUUCCCUGGGGCUUGCCCAUACCUCCCCCACCCUAAUAAAGCCUGCCAUUGCC